CACAACAUCAGGAGCACACGAUGCAGGGUGUUGAGUCGUGCAACAUGGGCUGCGAGCUCUCUGCGUGGCUCAACAGCUUCACACCUGCGCCAUGCACACCACCGCCCGUCGCUGAAUUCGAGGCGCCACCAGUGUUGUCCACACAGCAGCAGCAGCAACAACAACAGCAGCAGCAGAAAAAGGAUAGACCAAAGGACAGGAAAGACUUGCCAUCGGAUGAAACGUCCAGUUCUGCAACUGAGGGGAACAGCGGUUCGACCAAAGCCGGGCGGGACAAGCAACAAAAAACGAAGGACAGGGAGGAGGAGGAGGAAGACAAAGGAAAGGGGGAUGCCGUGUGGCUGCGACCGCAGAUCGUGGUGUCGAAGAAAGGGCGCGCAAACGACGAGUACAUCACCAAGACGACAGGCCGCAUCGCAGGGGAGGUGAGCGGACUUGCGACAACGAUUGGGGAGCAGACGGCGCUGCUAGAAGGCGUCAACAGGAUCUAUCACGAGUACCGCAAUCAGCCCCAUUUCGGCCGCGCAGACGAUGUCCUCCCAGAUUUGUACAAACACAAGCACGAAGUCCGCGCGAAUCACACGCGGAUGCAGUGCUGUCACGCCCAACUCGCUGUCCUCGAAGGUAUUUCGCUUCAAACUGCCCUUCGCCGCAGCAUUCGUCGCCGCAGCAGCAGGCGAACACGCACACGCGCCCACGCACGCACACAUGCGCACACGCACACACGCGCGCGUGCGAUUGCGGAGGAAAACGCAGAUGACGAUGACGAUGACGACGAGGAUGAUGAUGAUGAUGAUGAAGGGGAGGAGAGCGAGGACUGGGACGAUGACGAUGAUGAUGACGAUGGUGAUCAUGAUGAUGAUCAUCAUGAUGGUGGUGGUGGUGUUGAGACGCGAGUUGUGGACUCGCCAGAUCUCAGCAGCGGUGCACACGUCAGCGCUGUCGUCAUGUUUGACUACUUGGGCGAAACAAAGGAGCACAUCUCUGUCCAAAGUGGUGACGUCGUCAAGCUUCAUGAGUGUGUGGACGACGGGUGGUGGCGCGUUGGGCACGGCGAUGCUGUUGGGCUCGUUCCCCGCUCCUACCUCGCCGCCUUUGUUGGAAACCCGCGCAAGCUGGCGCGAACGCUGUAUGCGUACACGGCGGCGGCAGAGGGCGAGCUCUCGUUUGAGGCGGACCGGCUCAUCCGAGUCACAAAGUGGAAUGCAGCGCCAGGAUGGACCGAGGGCGAGUACAACGGUCAGCGCGGCGUGUUUCCUUCCUCGUACAUCGAUCGGCUGCACACGGCAUAACACACACACACACACACACACACACACACAAGCACACAUGAACAC